GUGUGUACUCUCUUUUUGUGCUGCCUGCCAUGGCACUACAAAUCCCACGUUCUUCUCAGACUGCCUUUACCUUCUUUGUAGUGAUAGUUUCUUGAAUUUCUUUUUGCCUUUUUGCUUUUUUCUGGUUUAUAUUUCUUUCUUUCAUUCUUGUUAUUUGACCAUAAGUAUGUCCUCUGUGCUUAGCGAUUUCUUGCAAGAGUUUGUGUUUGUGUUAUUGUUCUCUUCAUCACUCUUCUCUUUCUUGUCUUUGGCUUAAACUUAAUUCAAAGGGAAAAACUGUUUGAUCAAAAAAACAAAAACAAAAGAUGUCAAGCUCCAACACUUCUGCACCGGAACAACUCUGCUACAUCCCUUGCAACCUUUGCAACAUCAUUCUUGCGGUAAAUGUUCCAUGCAGCAGCUUGUUCGAAACCGUGACGGUCCGAUGUGGGCAGUGCACCAAUCUGUGUUCAGUGAACUUGGCAACUUCCUUUCCAUCCAGGGCUGGAAAAGAUAUUCAGGCGCCUAGCUACACCUCGUCGGAGUACAGAAUUGACUUAGGCUCUUCUUCCAGAUGCAAGAACAAGCUACCCAAACGAGCAACAACUGUAAAUACCACUCCGGAAAGGGUUGUGAAUCGACCUCCUGACAAGAGGCAUAGGGCACCUUCCUUGUACAAUCAGUUCAUCAAAGAGGAGAUCCAAAGGAUCAAGCUGAACAAUCCUGAUAUCACUCAUAGGGAGGCAUUUAGCACUGCUGCGAAAAAUUGGGCACGCUUCCCUCACAUUCAUUUUGGACUGAUGUUGGAGACUGACAAUCAACCUAAGCUGAAUGAUGACUCGACCGAGCAUUUCCAGCAGCUGCUGAAGUAAAUAAAUAGCUCGAUUUUCGAAGAUCAUUUUAAUUAGUGAUAUGUAUGUUGGUGAAGUAAGAGGCUUUCAUUAUAAUGAUGGCCGCCUGAACUUAAUUUUAUUGGUUUUAAAUGCAUUUGUAUGUGUUGCUUUAUCCUUCAGUAAUUUAUGUAAUGAUUUGAAGUAAUUAAAUGAUGACUGAAAGGGUUUCCACUAUUUUAAAUUAA